AUGCAGAUGAAUGGCAUAAAAUAAUCCUCUGAAGAAAGCUUCACAUUUUCAACAAGAAAUGAUAUCAGGGAUGCUCUAUAAGAUGUAAACAUAGAGAUUAUGAGAAAUAAUGCCUACAAUGCCUAUAACGAGACUUUUAAACUGUAGUUGGCCGAAAGAAAAUCUAUUUAAGAACAGGAACUUUUAAUAAUAUAGAUAGAGGAAGAAAAAGAAUUGAUCAAGAAGCAAGAUCUAGAAAUUGCAAGGUUAACUAAAGAAUUGGAGACUUUUAAGGAUGAAGUUAAGUAGAAGUUACUUUUGAAGUUAAAAGAAUAGUAGGCUUAGGAACUAGAAAAAUGCGAGCUAAACAAUUAAUUCUUAAUAUACUCAAAAUUCUUUAACUCAAUUUAUUCAGGACUAAAAAAUGAUUCAGAGCAGGUUGAUUUGAAUAUUUUUAAAGAUUGUUAAACAUUAGACUAAAUAAUAAGUUAGCUUAGAACUUAGAAAGUGAAUGGUAAAACUUAUAUGGAAAAGAUUUUGUCUUAAAUGGCCUCUCAAAGUGAUGAAGAUAUCGCAAUUUUAAAUAGAUUUGUAUCUAAAAAUACCUCAAAUUCUUCAAUUGUUGAGGAAUUAAAAAACAAGUGGAUAAUUCUAUUUUCAAAGCCUGCAGUUUAAUUCAAUAAUGGAACACUUCUGAUUUCAGGAAAUGUUUUUUCAUUAAGUUCAGUUAAGAGCUUAUAUGAAAACGAUCUACCUAAUACUUCAGAAAUAUAUAUUAUAGCAUCUGAAUAGCUUAUCUUGGAUAUUGACCUAAAAGUUCCAAAAGUCAAUGUUGCGAUUGAAGCUAAUUCUAUUCUUAUUAAGAACUCAUAAUGCAUAAUAGAUACUUCUCCUAAGGACCCUCCAAGACUUAAAUAGAUAUAAAUGUCUAAUUACGAAAAGAAAUGCAAGAAAGUCCAAGUCGAUGGAUAGAAUGGUAUUGCUGGAGAUAGUGCAGGAAACAUUAUGAUAAUCGCCAAGGUAAAUAUUUAAGGAAUAGAAUGCCUUAAGCUUAUUGCAAAUGGAGCAAAUGGACAAGAUGGAACAGAUGGUUUAGAUGGCUUCGAUGGUGAAGUUUAUAAAGAUGGUAUUGAUGGGAUAAAUUUUAUUAAUAAUAAAGAAAAAAUAAAAUAAUCUGAAAAUAGUGGUUGGGGAGCUACUCAUACAAUUUGGUAUGGAACGGAAGGAGGAUUAGGGAGUGAUGGAGGACACGGAGGAGAUGCUGGAGUAGGCGGAGAAGGUGGCCAUGAAGGUAAAAUAUCUGUAAUCAUUUAAAAUGAGGAAAAACCGUUAAAAUUCGAACAAAAGAAAGGGCUAAAUGGUAAAGAUGGAGUAGAAGGUAAAGGUGGCAAAGCAGGGAAGGAUGGAAAAAGAGGGGUAGAAUAUUAUCGUUUUAGUUCAUUGAAUCCUUUUGGUGGUGAUGAAACAAAAGAAGGAUAAUUAAAUUUAUGGAAAAAAACUAAAUAUGUAAGAAAUAAAUACUUCUAGAAGAAGAAAAAAACAUAUGAUAUUGAAUUGAAUGUAAUAAUGAAUAAAGAAGAAUAUGCCUGGGAUGGAAGGACUGACUAUACUAAAGAUCAAAAUGGUCAAUAAAAAAAUAAGAGGGAGUAUUUCUCAGAAGUAAAGCAUUUAGGACUCUUAAAAUCAAUGACCAAUGUUACUAUAUUCAAAUAAGGUCCUUAAACCAGUAAUAAUUUGCCAAUAGAAACAUUUUUUUGCCAUACAGGUCAAACAGAAAUAAUUAUUCCUCAAAUUAAGGAUCAUUUCGAAAUCGAUGAAGUCAAGCUAAUUUAAUACUUGUAAAACCUUAAAAAACUUCAUCCAUCACAAAUAAUUCUGAUAGAAAGGUACCAGAAUCAUUAAGAAAAUUGA